AUGCAGCAGCAGCAGCAGGUGGCGAUGCAGCAGCAGCAGAUGCACAUGCAGCAGCAGCGGAUGCAGCACCAGGAGGCCCCGCAGCAGAUGGUGCAGCAGCAGCAGCCCCAGCAGCAGCAGCAGCAGGACUGGCGGCACUGGUCAGGCAGCAGCGGCUCUCUGUCUUCGGCCCCCUGGCAUCAGCAGCAGCACCAGCAGCAGCAGCAGCAGCAGCAUCAGCAGCAGCAGCAGCUGCCUCCGGCUGCUCCGUGGAAGCAGCAGCAGCAGCCGUCGCAGCAGCAAACUGGCGGAGCAGCCCCGUGGCAGCAGCAGCAGCAGCAGCAGCAGCGCCACGACGCGUACGCCGGCGGCUACAGCGACUACAGCGACUACGGAGAGCGGCAGCAGCAGCAGCAGCAGCAGCAGCAGCAGCAGCAGCAGCAGCAAGAAGAGGAUGAGCGAAAGAGGUACAGAUCUGGGGGCCCCCGAGAGCUGCGCAGCCCAAAGGCCCUGAGGGGGGAGGGGCCCCCCGGCUGCAGCCGCUACAGCAGCUACGAGCAGCAGCAGCAGCAGCAGCUGCAGCAGCAGCAGCUGCAGCAGCUGCACUACGAGUACCACCAGCACGACCGCAUGUCCGGGUACCAGCAGCAAAAGCUGCAGCAGCAGCAGCAGCAGCAGCAGCAGCAGCAGCAGCACGGGGCCAACGGCCCGGGGGCCCCCUGGGAGCGCCGCGGGGAGCGGCUGCGGGGGGAAGACCCGCGGGAUUAUGGGUAUGGUGCAGCAGCAGCAGCAGCAGCAGCAGGUGCUGCAGCAGCAGCAGCAGACUACGCUGCUGUUGCUGGCGGCUACGGAGGGCCGCCGGACGGGCCCGGCGCUGCUGCUGCUGCUGCUGCUGCUGCUGCUGCUGAGCCGCUGCAGCGCAGCAGAGAUCACAGCAGCUGGGGCUGCGAAGACAGCUACAGAAGGGGGGCCCCCAGCAGCGAAAGAGGGUACUCUCGGGGAGCAGCAGAGGGGCCCCCCCGUGCUGCUGAGGGUCGGAGGCGGCCGCAGCAGCAGCUGCAGCAGCAGCAGCAGCGGGGCCGGCAGCAGCAGCAGCAGCAGCAGCAGCAGCAGCGGCGCCCCUACUCCUGCAGGGGCCCCGAGGGCUACAGCUCGCCCGGGGGCUCUCGCUGGAGCGAAAGAGGCAGCAGCAGCAGAUACGGGAGGGACCGGGACAGCAGCAGCAGCAGACGCGGCAGCAGCAGCAGACACGGCAGCAGCAGCAGACACGGCAGCAGCAGGAGGGACCAGGACCGAGCAGCAGCAGACGCAGCAGCAGACGCAGCAGCAGACAGCUACAGGGAAUGGCGCAGCCGCAGGGGGCCCCCCGAGCCCCGAAGGGGGGGCUGGGAAGGCCACAGCAGCAGCAGCAGCAGCAGCAGCAGCAGCAGCAGCGGGGGGCGGGGCCUCGUGGACGGGGGCU